AGCUUCCUGUUGGCGCAAACACAACCCGCGCUAGGAUGUCUGUGCUUUCUGCUUCUGUUCCUUCUCCGGCAGUAUCCGGCCGGCGAUGCCGACGCCUUCCCUCAGUUGGACCUCCGCGCAGCGAAUGGACGUCGUCCGACCGCCAGAUUCUCUUCAAUCGCAUUGCCCCCGUAUACGACCACUUGAACGAUUUGCUGACGGUAGGGCAGCACCGCGUCUGGAAAAGGAUGUCCGUGUCCUGGAGCGGGGCGAAGAAGGGGGAUUCGGUGCUUGAUUUGUGCUGCGGGAGUGGAGAUCUCGCGUUCCUCUUAUCCGACAAGGUUGGGCCGCACGGAAAGGUGACUGCUGUUGAUUUUUCAAAGGACCAAUUGUCGAUUGCGUCAACCAAACAACAAUUAUUUUGGAAGGCAUGCUACCAAAAUAUUGAGUGGAUUGAAGGUGAUGCGCUGGAUCUCCCAUUUGAAGAUGCAACUUUCGAUGCUGUUACAAUGGGCUUUGGACUUCGUAAUCUGGUUGACAGAUAUAGAGCAUUCAAUGAAAUUUACAGGGUGUUGAAAGAAGGUUCCAGGGUAUCCAUUUUAGAUUUUAACAAGAGCACUGAUUCAUCCGUUGAUUUUCUUCAGGGGUGGAUCAUAGACAACGUUGUUGUGCCUGCCGGAAAUGCCUAUGGACUUAGCAAGGAAUAUGCGUACUUGAGAAGCUCCAUUGCAGAGUUCUUAACAGGAAAAGAACAAGAGAAAAUGGCAGAGGAAGUUGGAUUUUCAAAUGUCAGGCAUUACGAAAUUGCUGGAGGUCUCAUGGGAAAUUUGGUGGCCUCUCGCUAACUGUAAAGCACAAAGAACAGAACUGAUGAUUUUUUCCAUUGAUCAGUACAAAGUUUUGUUUCUCUUUUGAAGAAAAGAAGAACUGCUACCCAGAGAGUAAAUGGGCAGUCUAUGAGUUUAGUGUUAUAUUGGCUUCUUUGGCUGUACCAAUGUUGCCCGCAUUUGAUUUUUUAAGUGUAUUCGAAAAGCUUUUCUUGGCAGCAAAUGGCCCCUUAUCUCC